AUGGCAGACCCAGCGCCGGAAAACGAAAAGAAGGUCGAGCAGCGGCCCGACGGCGACGCCGUCUCCUCGCCGGUGGAUUCUGACGUCGACUUGGAGGCGAGCGACAUCAACGAAAAGGCGUUGCUGAGAAAGCUGGACAUCAAGUUGCUUCCUGGACUCGUCGUCCUCUACCUACUUUCCUUCCUCGAUCGGAGCAACGUUGCCAAUGCUCGCUUGGAAGGACUGACCGAAGAUUUGGGAAUGACCGGAAACCAGUACUUGACGUCGUUGACGCUGUACUUCAUCGGUUACGUUCUUUUCGAAAUUCCCUGCAAUGUCAUCCUCAAGCGCACCACUCCCAAGAUCUGGCUCCCGACGCUCACCCUCGUCUGGGGAAUCGUGUCGACUCUCAUGGGCAUCACCCAGAACCUGUCCGGUUUCUUCGCGGUGCGCUUCUUCCUCGGCGUCGCUGAAAGCGGCCUCUUCCCCGGGGUCGUCUUCUAUCUUUCCAUGUGGUAUAAGAGGCGCGAAAGAGUGUAUCGCGUCGCACUGUUCUUCAGCGCAGCCAGCUUGGCCGGCGCGUUCGGCGGGAUCCUAGCCUACGGCAUCGGCAAGAUGAAAGGCGUCGGCAACCUCAACGGCUGGCGCUGGAUCUUCAUCAUCGAAGGCCUCCUCACCAUCGUCGUCUCCCUCCUCGCCUAUCUCUUCAUCGCCAACUACCCCUCCACCGCCCCCUUCCUCACCCCCAAACAGCGCGCCCGCAUCUCCGCCCGCCUGACCGCCGACUCGGACGCCACGGCCGCCGAGCCCUUCUCCUGGUCCCCCGUCGCCCGCUGCCUCCGCGACCCCAAAUGCUGGCUCUACGGCCUCGCCUUCCACACCCUCUCCCUCCCCCUCUACACCCUCUCCCUCUUCCUCCCCACCAUCAUCAAGUCGCUCGGCUACACCGCCGCCCGCGCCCAGCUCCUCACCGUGCCCCCCUACGCCCUCGCCACCCUGCUCACCGUCCUCGCCGCCGCCGCCUCCCAGCGCCUCGACGCCCGCGCCCCCUUCAUCCUCGCAUCCGCCGCCUGCGCCGCCGCCGGCUACGCCGUCCUCCUCGCCAACCGCGAUCCCGUCGCCCGCCCGGGCGUGUCGUACCUCGGCACUUUCCUCGCCGCGGCGGGCAUCUACCCCGCGACGGCGCUCGCGCUCGCUUGGCCGGCCAUGAACGUCGCGGGGCAGACGAAGCGCGCGACCGCGUGCGCGCUGCAGAUCAGCGUGGGGAAUCUGGGGGCCGUGCUGGGGACGCAGUUGUAUCGCCCGGCGACGGCGCCGCGGUACGUUUUGGGGCAUGCGGUGGCGUUGGGGUAUAUGGUGGCGAAUCUGGGGGUGGUGAGCGUGUUGUGGUGGGUUUUGGUGAGGGAGAAUCGGAGGAGGGAGGGGGUGGUGGCAGCCGAGGGUGGGCAGGGUGGUGGGGGGCAGAUUGAGGGUGAUGAUGAUGUGAGGUGGAGGUUUAACGUUUGA